CACCUGAAGCUCACCUGAAGCUCACCUGUCGUACACCUGCGUGAGGAGGGCUUCUCCACCCGGCGCUCAACACCUUUAAUUCACACGAGACACACACAGCGCCUCAGGUCUCCCUGAAGCUGCACACUUUGUAAACACACACACACACACACACGUGUGAGCACAGGGACACACCUUCUGUGUGAGGUGUGUCUCACCUGGGAGGGCGGGACUUGGUGUUUGUCUCCGAACCGAAGCCCGACCUGCGCUCAGAGGACGCUCUGCCAUCCCGCCUGUCACACCAAGUCAAAUCGUCUCCGAGCCGCCGCCAUGCCUGAGAAUGCCGAGGCCCACUCCCACACCAUCACCACCAACCGCAACUGCACCGUGGAGAUCACCAACGUCAGCUCCAGGUUCUGCCUCGUCAACCCAAAGGUGCACAUGGAAAGCGGCUUCGUCUACAACCCCCCUCAGCCGACCCUGCGCACCACCAUGACCGAGGUGUGCUCCUUCACCAAGGACGACAACACGGCGACGGGCGCCGUGGGGGUCAUGACCUACGAGCUGUUCGACAUGCAAAGCCGCCACUGCAACGAGGUGAUCGCCGUCAUGUUCUCCGUGCCCUUCGACUACGGCUUCUACAAGAACUGGCUGGGCGUGGGCGUGUUCGAGCACACGCGGGCCUGCGACAGCGAGCUGUUCGACCUCAUGUACAAGAAGAAGGACUUCACCAACUUCCUGCGCCACGAGGCCGACGGCUCCGGGGUGACGUACCGCGGCCGGGCGGUGGACGUGAGGGCGUGCAUGUCGGACGAGGGCAAGGCCAUCAUCAAGCUGGAGCUGUACGACAAGAUGGGCUGAUGAGUGUGUGUGUGUGUGUGUGUGCACGUGUGUGUGUGUGCACGAGGCUUUAAAUGAAUAAUAAAACUAUUAA